AUGCCUACCGAUAAUCAACAUAAUAUGUUAUCCUCAAUCGAAAACAAUCAACAUAUUUCAAUGAAUGAUGAAAACAUAUCCAUAUCAUUAGAAGCGCGUUCUAUUGAAAACAACAAUAAUAACUUUGUGAACCCGAUCGCGAUGCCCUCCGCCGAAGACAUUUUGAUGAUAAGUCACACGAAUAACUUAAAUGACUUGUUCACUUCAUUCUCUAUCGGGGAUAUUCCACUAAACCAAGAGAAUAAUUUGAAUGCCGUCGAUAAUGUUCACACCACUUCUUGCGCCAAAAAAUCCAAGAGAC